CAAAAUGGCGGCGGCGGCGGGAGCUUGGCUGAGGGGCUGCGCCAAGCAGCUGAGAAGACACAUGCCAGCACACCUGGCUCCUUGGAGGGUUUCUCCCUGUGCUUUUAGAUCCUCCAAAUCAGAACUCAAGCCAAAUGUAGCCAGUGAUGGACUUGCCUGUGCUCCACUUCAAACGUUCACUGAAGAGGAGGCCAUGCUGAAAGACAUGGUGACCAAAUUUGCCCAGGAACGAGUUGCACCUUUUGUGCAAAAAAUGGAUGAGAAUGCAAAGAUGGAAGAGUCCAUCGUACAGGGAUUGUUUGAACAAGGGCUGAUGAGUAUUGAACUUGGGGAAGAAUAUGGAGGAACUGGAGCUUCAUUUUUUUCAAUCAUAUUGGCAGUGGAAGAACUGGCCAAAGUUGAUCCAGCUGUGGCUCUUGUGUGUGAACUCCAAAACACUCUGACAAAUAAGUUAUUUACCACCUAUGGAACAGAAGAACAAAAGAGAACUUACCUGCCCAGGGUGUCCAAAGAUACAUUAGGGAGUUUCUGUCUGUCAGAGGCUGGGUCUGGCAGUGAUGCUUUUUCCUUGAAGACUCGAGCUGAAAAGAAGGGAGACUACUACAUUAUCAAUGGCUCAAAGAUGUGGAUUAGCUUGGCAGAAGAUGCAGGAGUUUUCUUUGUCAUGGCAAAUACAGACCCAUCCUUAGGCUACAGAGGAAUUACCUGCUUCGUAGUGGAUCGUGACACAGAGGGGCUUCAGGUGGGGAAAAAGGAGGACAAGCUGGGGAUCAGAGCAUGUUCCACCUGCCCAGUCACCUUGGACAACGUGAAGGUUCCUGAGAGCAGUAUCCUGGGACAAGUUGGACAAGGCUAUAAAUAUGCCAUUGGAAUGCUCAAUACUGGCAGGAUAGGGAUUGCUGCACAGAUGUUAGGACUGGCCCAGGGGUGUUUUGACCGUACAGUUCCCUACACCAAGGAGAGAGUGCAGUUUGGGAAGAGCGUGUUUGAUUUCCAGGGGAUGCAGCACCAGAUUGCCCAGGUGGCCACGCAGCUGGAGGCGGCCAGGCUGCUGACCUACAACGCGGCGCGGCUGGCGGAGGCGGGCAGGCCGGCCAUCAAGGAGGCCAGCAUGGCCAAGUACUUCACUGCUGAGGUUGCAACGCUGACAACCAGUAAAUGUAUUGAAUGGAUGGGAGGUGUUGGAUUCACCAAAAAUUUCCCAAUAGAAAAGUACUACCGUGACUGCAAGAUAGGUACAAUAUAUGAAGGAACUUCAAAUAUCCAGUUGAGCACAAUUGCAAAAUUCUUAGCACAGGAGUACUGAAACCAUAAGGACUUCCUUGAUGCUAUAUAAAAACUAUUUCCCUUAACACUAAUUGUAAAUUUAUUGGUAAUUACAGAAGGCAUUGAUGGCAUCAUAAAUAAGAAUACACUAUCACAGUGACAUCAUAGGGAAAACCAUGAGUUCCCCAUUUCAGGAGAGGGAGCAAUUCAUGUGAAAUCAUGAAUUCCACGUUCAGAUCCAAACUUCUUUCUGCCUGAGACACUUCCAAGCACUGGAUUUAGCUCCCUUAGCUCAUGCCAGUAGCUCACCUCAACCUGGAGAUUUCAGAGUGAAAACAAAGGAAUCCAAAUCCCUGGCAUUUCUGUUUUUCACCCUGGGAGAAGGGACUCUCCACGUGCAGCAGAGCUGGUGUGGGGUGGAGCUGCACUUGGGAUGUGCUGCUGCAUUAGCAUGGGGUGCAAAGAGAGGGAAUUGAUGCUUUCCUCUCUCCCAGGUGGAGUGAUGUCUGUGGAGCUGCUGUAAUUGGAGUCAUUUUUAUAGCAGCCCUCAGUGUGUUCUUAAGGAUAUCUUUGUAAUUAAGCCCUUGCAGCCCCAAUUUGUGCUCCUGAAAGGUGGAUAAUAUCCACCUCCCUUUCCAGCCUUCUCAGCUGUUAAGGGUUUUAAUCUAAGAGCCUAUUUAUAGUUCUCCUUUCAUAAAAGGUUGAGUUGAAAUCUUUCUGAAAUGGGGUUAAAAAAGCUCUGGUAGUUCUGCAAAAGGACAGAUAUAAGCUGGGUAAUGGGAGUGCUGUGAUUCUACCUCCCAGUGGCCUUUCCACAUUCAAUGCAUUUUACUAACUUUAAAGGGAGGCACUGUUAAUUUGCAGCCUAGAAUUCCUUGCUCCUGGAAGUUAGUGGUUCUCCAGCACAGUUUUUCCCUUUUUUAAGAGAGAAAAAAGGGCAGGGGGUUGGGAAGUAUUUGCUUUUUUUAUUUGUCUCUGUUUACUCUAAAAUUAGACAUUUUAUUUACAGCAGAAACCUCUUCAGUGCUGGAGAGCUAAUUAACUAAUAAUCAAGAGACAGGAAGCUUAAUAUAUGAAAAAUCAUCCCAAUUGCUGUAAUUGGCAAUCUGUUUCAAGUGUUUUGGGGAGGGAAGGAUUGGUUUUCUGGUUUUGGCUGACUUAGAGGAAUCUCAUUUUUAAAGCUUGCCUUUCACUGAUGAUUCACUCUGAGUGGAGCUUAGAACAUUACAGGCUGAGACUCCCAGAGGAUUUCCUAGCAAAACCAGGGCAAGUGACACUUAACAAGUGGGAUUUGUAAAACAAGCAGUGCCUUUGACAAAGAAACAAGCAAGGAUGAAAAGCACUAUUAAAAAGUUCUCUGACUUCAAAGGGAAGUAACUGCUUUAGUGAAUUAAUCCCUCUAUGUACGCGCUUUGCCUGGUAAUGGGCAAAGAAUUAUUGUGCUGAUUAUCCUUGUGCCAAUAAAAAUGCCCCUCCCACAUCAGUUUGAUCAGGAGCUUUGAGAUUUACAAAAAUACAAGAGUAAGGAGGUAGGCUAGAUGGUUUCUGAAGUUUUCUUCUAACAAUAUUAUUAUUAGUCAUUAUUAUUAUUAUUAAUGCAUUUCAGAUUUACUUGCAGGCUUUUCUUUCAGCUGAAUUGAAACAGCUAGGGAAGUUCAGAUUAGAAUUAAGACUAGUCUUAAUUCACUUAUUUAGAUUAGAAUUAAGACUAGAAUUAAGACUAGACACCACAACACUUAGACUGUGUUGAGCAGAAUAACUGCAGUUAUCUGUGAAUCCAGAAUAAUCAAAAGCACACUGCAAAAUGCUGGAGUUAAUGCUGAUUGCUGUGCUGAGUUGUGCCAAGGUGAGGCAGCCCUUGGCUGCUGAGGUUUAAUCUGCUUUGCUCACAUGAGUGUCCACAGAAAACAGGGUUUGCUUUUUGCUGUGAUCUGCUGGUUUGUGACACUCUCAGCUUGGCAUCUGCAGUUUUGUGUGAGACUGGCAAUACUUUACUGCUUCAAUACAGUGCCAGAAGCAAACCCUUUGUGGAGGAAAGUGCAGAGCUCUUUGAAGGACUGUUAAGGGCUGGAUAUCCAGGAUUAUGUAAAAAGAUUCUCUUUGUGUAGAACUGUGUCAGGUAUCCAUUUGAAAAAAUAACCAGGGGAAAAUGAGAUUAAUGUGAUUCCUGACAGUCUGAUAUGGGAUGCCUGAGUCCAGCAAACAACCUGACCAUCCUCAGCAGCAAUUCCACAGUAGCUGAUGAGCUUUUUUUUCUCAAUAAAGCAAGGUCAAGCCUUUAACUAAUGUUACAGCUGUAAAUAUUUCAUGUCUUUGUUAUGUAUGCUGUAUUUUGUACACAGUUUUGAAAGAAAUAAAUAAUGUAUUGUAUUUAUAUA